GUUUGAGUUUUAGUUUUAGCUUGAGCAACUCACAUGCCAGCAGAGUAGCUGUUGAAGUUGCAUUGUUUUAAGUUGAAGUUUUUGAAGGUAAUUCAAAUCAGAAGAUUUCUUCGAAAUAUGGUACUGUGUGUGCUUUCAGUGGCUUAUGUUUAAUUCAGUUGAUUGGAAAGUUUAUUGGUUGAGUUUUGCAUGAAAUGGGUAUCUCUUAUGUGGCAAUUAGAAGGUUCUUAAUUGUUGGGGUGUUCGUUGCUAUGAUCGUUGCUUUCCAAUCUUAUUGGACUACGUAUUAUUCUCUGUUAGUAGUUUUGCCUGUUGAAGUUUCCAUUUCUGGAACUGCUGAAAAGGAGGGUGUGUUUGGAUUCCCUUCCACCAAUGUAAAGCUUAAUGUUUCUUUUGCCUCUCCUUCAAUCGAACCGAAUAAGAGUUUUGAAGUGGAAAAUCAUGAAGAUACGAUUUUUAGUUUCACUCAGAAAAGGCCCAAGUAUGCGCAGAAUACCACACAGAAGGCUAGAGAAAUGGAUGAGGAUAACAGACCCAGUGCUCAACACCAGGAAAAUAAUGUGCAAUUUGAAUCGCAAGGGAUUCAUUCACAUGACAUAAAAAAUCUGAAAAAGGGACCUUCAAAUGUUAGUGGAAUUCAAAGGAUGGAAAAGGGACCUCAAAACGUGAAAUCACAGCUGCUGAAAUCUCCUUUGUCCAUCUUGAAUGAUAAAAAGAAGAUGGGUAAAUCAUCCAUGAGGAGUAAAUUUGUGUGGCCAACUUCAAUAGCACAGAUGAACUCUUUGUUGUUUCAGAAUUUUAAUUCCUCAUCUAUGAGGCCAAGGUGGUCUUCUAGACGUGACAUGGAACUCUUAUCUGCAAAACUGCAGAUUGAAAAUGCCAGUAGCAUAACAAAUUCUUCAGGACUUUAUGCGCCAAUUUUCCGGGAUGUUUCCAAGUUUUCAAGGAGUUAUGAACUGAUGGAGCGCAAGCUCAAAGUUUAUGUCUAUAGAGAAGGAGCCAAACCUAUAUUUCAUCAAGCAAAGAUGAGAGGAAUUUAUGCCUCAGAGGGGUGGUUUAUGAAACUGAUGGAGGGAAAUAAAAGGUUCAUUGUGAAGGAUCCCCGAAAAGCUCAUUUGUUUUACCUACCUUUCAGUUCACAAAAGCUAAGAGUUACUCUUUCUGAUGGUAAGAAGAUGGAGCAAUACCUUGAGAACUAUGUGGGGUUAAUUGCAGGAAGAUAUCGUUUCUGGAACAGAACUGGGGGAGCAGAUCAUUUUCUUGUUGCUUGUCAUGAUUGGGCCACCCAAAUCACCAGGCAACCAAUGGGAAGUUGUAUUAGGUCUCUCUGCAAUUCUAAUGUUGCUAAAGGCUUCCAAAUAGGCAAGGACACUACUUUACCUGCUACAUAUAUACACUUAAUGAUGGAUCCACUAAGAGGAUUUGCAUGUAAACCUCCUUCAGAAAGGUCUUUUCUGGCCUUUUUUGCUGGAAGCAUGCAUGGUUAUCUUCGUCCAAUCCUGCUAAAAUACUGGGGGAAUAAAGAACCUGACAUGAAAUUUUUCGGUCCAAUGCCGCGUGAUUUGGAAGGUAAAAGAAUUUAUAUGGAUUACAUGAAUAGCAGUAAGUAUUGCAUAUGUGCUAGAGGUUAUGAGGUUUAUAGUCCAAGAAUAGUCGAGGCCAUUUUGUCUGAGUGUGUGCCAGUUAUCAUAUCAGAUAAUUAUGUGCCUCCUUUAUUUGAGGUAUUGAAGUGGGAAGCAUUUUCCAUAUUUGUUCGUGAGAGGGAUGUCCCUAAUCUUAGAAACAUACUUCUUUCAAUCCCAGAAGAGAAGUACUUGGCACUUCAUUUGGGAGUAAAGAAGGUUCAGCAGCAUUUCCAGUGGCACAAAGUUCCUGUUAAGUAUGACUUGUUCCAUAUGAUUCUUCAUGCAGUAUGGAACAAUAGACUUUCUCAAAUUAGACCAAGGUGAUGAUACCAUUGAUGCAAAUCAGUUCAAGUUGUGAGAUGGGAAGAAAACUAGUGAAAAAAGCCAGCAUGAAAUACAAUCAAAAGCAAUUGGAUAGCAAGAAUUAUUUCUCAAGCAUUCAAUAUGUUGGGACUUGGGAGAGUUAUAAACCCAAGAUGCACUAUGGAUGGCACUGUUUAACUUGACCUUCUCUUUAAUUGUUUGGACUAAAAGCACUUUUGAUAAUUGUAAAUGAGUGAUCAAGCUGAAAUUAGUCCAAGAACAAUGCAUGCUCUUGUGGACUGUUGUGUAAAUAAUUUUUUUUCUGAAGACAUUUGAGGUUUACCUUUCAUGUCCAAGUUUCUGGCAUGCAUGAGGAAACCUUCUUGUAAUUUAACAUGGUGUUACAUUUAAUUGCAAAUAUGAAAUUUAUGGGGAGUUUCAAUGAAAUGUUUAUUGAAGG